AUGUCUCCCCGCGUUCUGCUCCUCUUGAGCGUGGUGCUCGUCCAUGACGUUUGGCUCAGCGCCGCCCAGGACAGCUUCCUCAUCGUCACAAGCCCCGAAAGCGGUGACGUGUUUACGGCUGGCGACGAUGUUACGGUGGAGUGGGAAGCUUCUCUGGACAGCUCAUAUUUCGAUAUCACCUUGCUCAACGACGGUAACCCGGUGGGCGAUCAGCUCUGCGACGGAGGGUGCUUGGCCCCGAAUGGCUUCCUUGUCGUCACGCUGCCUGACGGGCUCGAGUCCGGCAGUGCUUACUCCUUUCUCGUCGGCGAUAGGGUCGAGGAGGUUAGCAGCUACGGCGAGAGCGAGACUUUUGAGAUCGUGGCAGCAGCCGUCUCGAGCGACACUGCUGCAGAAGAUGACGGUGACACAGAGGUGGCUGCCGCCGCUGAAACCGGUGACGAUGACUCGUUCAACUGGAUCAUCGUAAUCGUCGCGGUUGCAGCGGCGCUAGCGGUGGUUGCGCUGGGUGCGGUCUUGUGCUGCUGCUGCAAGCGUCGCAAGAAUCGAGUCAAAGGCGUUGAGGCUGCUACGGUGGCCGGGAGCGGUACAAGCGAUGCCGCGCAUGGUGGAGGUGUCGUCGACAGAGACACUACUGGGGGCGGCGGCGGCGGUAUGAAUGGUGACCUCUUUGCCAGCAGUGGAAGGGGUAGCAGCAAUGGCGGAGCGUCUGUGUCAGGGUUGGCGGAACUGGGAGCUCUUUCCCCUGUGCACGAGGAGAGCACCGAGGUCGUCACGAGAAACCCGAUGAUAUCGGCUAUGGCGAACGGGGCUCAGUUCCACAGCACCGGGGGCGGCAGCGGCAAGUUCAACAGCACCGGGGGCGGUAGCGGCAAGUUCAACAGCACCGGCGGCGGUAGCGGCAAGUUCCACAGCACCGGGGGCAGUAGCGGCAAGUUCAACAGCACCGGGGGAAGUUCCAAGUUCGCGAGCCUGGGAGGGGGCAGCAGCAACGGGGGCUACGGAUCGGCGCGCGGGGGCGGGGAAGAGGAGGAGGAAGGUGGAGGCAUGUUUGCCGACGCGGAGGUUGUGGCGGAGCUGGCCGCAGCCGCCGCUAAGGGCGCGGACAAGAAGGACGGCAUCUCGGUCAAGAGGCCGGGCAGCGGGAGCGGGAGGUGGGAUAGGAACGGGAUCAAGUCGCCGGCUUGGACCAGGCAGAAGCCGGCCGGCGCCCCGACCCUGAUCGGACAGCAGUCGCCAGGCCCCGUGAACGCCGCGGAAGCGGAGAAGAAGAUGGCGGAGGCGGCAGUAGCCGGCGAUCCCGAGCCCGAGGCCGCCGCCCCCGCGCCCCUGGAGGACUGGAUGGUGUCCACGCGAGACAGCUUCAGCAGUCGGAAGUCUGCGGAGGCGGCGGCCUUCGUGGCGGCGACGGAGGCCGGCGAGGGAAGCGUGGCCGGAGAGGAAAGCACGGGGGAGAAGGUCGAGGAACCCGAGGACGUUGGCGCGGCAACGCCGCGUGCGCCGGGGGCAGGAGAGGCCCCCGCGUUCUCGCCUCAGUCGGUGGACGGCAUCUCGGCUAAGGCCUUCGAGCAGGCCGAAGUAGUCACCAGCAAGCUGCCGGUGGUCAAGAGGCCGGGCAUGGUCGUGUCCGAGCCGGAGUGCGAGGUCCCCAAGCCAGCCCUCAGCGCGAGGCGGCUGGGCGGAGCAAGGAAGCAGAGCGACUACUCGUGGCUUCUCUCCGCCUCUCCGAGCAACGUGGGAAAGUCGGGUCCGAUAAGUCCAUCUGGAUCUGGAGACUCUCCGCCACAAGCGUCGCACGGCAGGACGGACGUCACCGGGCCGCAAGCGGGCGGAAACACGCCUCUUAAAGGGGGAAGACCCACCAUUGUUACCGGGAAACCCACCAUUGUUACGGUCGCUUCGGUAACCCCUGCCAAGACUCGCCGAGGACCACCUUCCGCGCCGACGGUAGAUCAGGGGCCCGAUUUCGCGGCUGCCCCCAAGCAUGGCGGCGACCUUGGCGAAGCCCCCUGUGGGCCCGAGCAGCGAGAGUCGGCGGCAGCGGCGGCGGCGCUCCGCCUUCCCCCCAAGGCCCAAGGGACCACUCCGCGACGCACCCCGCUCCGUGGAGCUAGCCGCGGGCUGAAUCCGGCGACGACGCCGAUGGCAAAGUCUCCCAGAGGCCCGCGCGUGAGCAAGGUGGUCGAUGUCUUCGAGGCGUUAACGCCGAAGGGCGUAGGGGGUCCUUCUUCUUCGUUUGGGUUAAGUGCGACGCCUGGGAGGUCCAGGGCGGAUCCUCCGACGCUUGGCCCCGACACUCCUAAGGCUGCUGGUCCUUCGAUGCUGGCGCCCUCGCCGCCCGGGAUUCCCAACGCUGGUCACGCGCUCACGACUCCGAAGCCUCCUGGGACGGUCAAGGGCGUGACCAACCCUUCAGGCCCCGCCUUGAAGAAGUCGACGCGCGCUGCUGCGCCGGAAGACAUGUCCAAGGGCGGACACCCCGGCGGCGGCGGCGGCGGCGGCGAUGCGGGGUGGGCGACCCCGGUGGCCACGCCUGAUCGCGCCCUGAGAGACUGCACGCCGGAGUUCACCGCGCGUGGCGAUGCUUCGAAGGCGGGGAAGACGAGCGGUUCCCCGAUGGACGAGGGGCAGUUCGCGUGGCAGCUCGAGUCUCCUGCCGGAGUGGACGGCCUGCCGUCACCGAUGGGCAGCAGCGGCAUUAACGCCCUCGCCGUCGGCAAGAAAGGGGGCCGCAUCAUCCCGGCUAUCCUCGGAGCCGCCAACACCCCGGUCACCGAGGUCUCUCCGGCGGUGACCCCGAGCACAGCCGACAUCAAGGCCGCUUCCCACAGCGUGGUCAGCAGCGGGGACAGCUCGAUCGGUGCUGGGUGGGAGAUGGGGUCGUCCUUCGGAUCGUCGCGGGUCGCCGCCUUUGUGGCGGACGCCCAAGCGGAGGCGGCGGCGGAGGCCCACGCGGCGGUGGUGGAAGCACAAGCCGAGGCAGCUGACGAGCAAGCGGUCGAGGAAGAGCUAGCGCGUGCGGCGGCGGCGGGGCAGGGAACGGCAGUCAGGGGCGCAGCAGCGACGCCAUCGAAGACCCCUUCACGAGGAGCGCGCUCACAGCACUAGUGCCGUUUACUCCAACCCGUAGUCACACAGAAGGGCCCCUCUCUACCGUCCCCUCCUGCGGUACUUUGCCUUCGAUUUUUAAUGCGAGAAAAGUUCAGCACUCUCUUCCCUCUGUGUACACAGGAACUAGCGCUAUCCACUAGGCCAGGAGCGGAAGCGAGAGAAAAAACCACUUUUCACGAAAAGCUCGCUUACGCCGGGAUUCGAACCCCUGACCUGACCUCUAGAAGGUUUCGAGGAUACCAACUAGACCGCCGGGGCGACCGG